CAACAAUUCUGGGGAGCAUCAGGGAAUUUCUGGCAGAAUCUAUGGGACAGUUAUAUGACUUGUUUGGAAGGAACGAUCUGGCAGUAGGCGUUAUAGGAACAAUUCUAUUCACUAAUGCGGUAAUAUGGGGUGCCAAUGCUUUUCUACUGAUCCUAGACGCCACAGGAAAACCUGGUUUUCUGUUAAAGUAUAAAGUUCAGGAAGACAAAAAUGUACCAGUUGAUAGACAGAAGUUAAAAAAGGCUGUGAAAAUUGUUUUGUUUAACGGAUUUGUUGUUUCAUUUCCGAUGACAUUGUUUGGAUUUUGUUUGAUGAAAUGGCGUGGGUGUAUCGUCAGUGGUGAGAUGCCUUCAUUUGCAUGGGUUCUGUUAGAGCUAACUGUGUUUAGUUUGGUGGAAGAAAUUGGAUUUUACUACUCUCACAGAUUGAUGCACCAUCCCAGACUUUAUAAGCACAUUCACAAGCUACACCACGAAUGGACAGCUCCAAUUGGGAUUAUCUGUAUCUAUGCUCAUCCUUUAGAGCAUUGUAUCAGUAAUUUUAUGCCUAUUAUGAUGGGACCAAUACUAAUGGGGUCACACUUAGCUACAGCUUGGAUGUGGUUCUUCAUUGCUCUGGUGUCAACCGCUAUAUCCCACAGUGGUUAUCACUUUCCAUUUCUCCCAUCACCAGAGGCACGUGAUUUCCACCAUCAGAAGUUUACCAACUGUUUUGGAGUUCUUGGUGUACUUGAUCCUCUCCAUGGAACAGACAACAAUUUCAGGGAUAGUAAAGCCUACCAGAGACACAUCAUGUUACUAAGUCUCACUCCCCUGUCUCAACAGUACCCAGAUACACCACCUAAACAAUGUUUGGAGAAAACAUCAGACAAAAAACAUGAAUGAAGGGGUUUAGCACAACAAGUAUUUUUGUAAAACCACCUAUUUUACAAAGUGCUAUGAUUUACACUUUUUUCAUCAGUUUAUUUGUUACCCAUGUGAUAUUGAAGAGCAUACUGUAUGAUCUUUAACCUGUAGCCAUUGUAAAUUAAUAGGUUGUUAAACCAGGUUUACUGUUGUGAUUUGAUGUGUGAAGGUAAUAUGAUCUGAUUUACAGCUUGGUUUUUUAUGUCCAUAUGUCCAUAUGUAAUUAUUGUGAAGGUUAUAUGAUCUGAUUUACAGCUUGGUUUUUUAUGUCCAUAUGUAAUUAUUCACCUAGUCAGUUGGAGUAAGUACAAUCAUUUGUUGUGAUGUCUUACUUAAUUCUUAUAGAGUAUAAUGACUUUUUAGGGCACCCUAAAAGUUUCAAUUUGUUUUUUUAAUUUGCCUGAAUUGUUUUUGUUGAAAUUAACACCCAAUAUAACUUAUCUACUGACAUGGAAUUCCAGAACAUAUAUAUAUUUUUUUAUCAAUAUUCAUUUUGCAUUGUUUAUAUAAGCUAAGAAAUUAAUUUAGCAGACAUUUUCUAUGAAUGAAAGAUAAACUACUAUAACUAGAUUGCUUCACAUUAAAAACAUCAACAUGAUCAAGGUAUAUCAUGGUGCUCAUAGUGUAUCUUUCUUUUUCUUUGAAUUAUUAUUUUGACUUUAAUUUUUGAUUGUGCUGUUGGUUUACCAGUUACAUAUCUCUUUUUAUAAAUUUUAUAUAAACUUUUUUUUUUUUUUUUAUAAAUUAUGCCUUGAGUAGAAUAAAAGAAUAUUGAACUAAACUGGUCAUAAAGUUUACUUCAAGAUAAUGAGUUUUGUAUUUAAAAAAAUGUAUGUAAGAAAUUUUACAAAGAUAAGCUGCAUAGACCUGUAACAUAUUUGUGUAUAUAUAGGGGGAGGGUUUAUAUCGAAAAAAAACCUGUUUAACCCCCGUUAUUUAUGUUACAGAUAAAAACUAAGAAGUGAACACUGAUGAAGUGUACUAAAAUACAGAAAUACCAGUGUCUGUUUACUCUUCUAUGCUAUAGUUUUGAAUCUUAUUUUGAACAGAAUCCUUUCUACUAUUCUAUAAGGAUGUUAACUGGACUAGUGACUAGAGGUAGCUAUUAAAAUUUUAUUUUCUAUGCAUAAUCUAUACAAAAUCUGACAAUUUUGCACAACCUGCAGCAGCAUGAAAAAAAGUCCAGUGACCCAUACUUUUAAUAUAUUUUUGAAAAAAGCAUGAUAAAAACUUCAUUUUUACAAGUUAUCAAAAAAUUCGAUCAAUUUUAAUUAAGACUCCCUAGCCACCUUAUACAUUAAGUCUACCUCCAUUGUCAGCAUCAGUCUUGUGAUUGUGAUUUUCAUCUGUCUAUAAAAUUCAGAAAUCACUUGGACAAUUCUUGUUCACAGUCAACCUCAUAUUUUUAAAGGUUUUCUUGUCUAUAAAACAACAAGGUCAACAGUGCCAAAAUAGUAGUACUCUGACCUGCAUUAAAUUUAGAUUAAUUUCAGUUGAAAGUUCAGCAGUUAUUAGUUUUAGGUUAAGUACACCUUUUGUUUUUAAAUGCAAUGAUGUAAUUUUUUCUUCUCACCACUGACACCGUGUAUCAUCAGUUCACCCGAUAUAGGUACUAACCCAGCGGGCAUGAUCCAUUUUGACCUUACACGGUAACCAAAAUCUUUUUUUUGUUUUAUCAAUAUUCAAUGUACAUUUCUCAACAUUUGAAAUUCCUGAACAAUUAACUUGUAAAUGCGCAAAUAGUUGUCAAUCUCAACACCAGGUUUAAUUUUGAUACAGUUGUCGAGACGUUAACAUGUUUUAUCUGAAAGAAAGCUAAUACAGGGCAAAAGUAAUAGCUACCAAUUAUAAACCUAUCUGUGAUUACUUUGUUCCUUUUUUUAGUAAUAAACGAGCAGGAAAAAAAUGUUUUUGUGUACGGUGUACAGCAACUAAACUAUGCACCACACAGAAAGAUUUAUGUGGUCACUAAGCACCGUACACAAUGCUUCUUUUCGAAAUAAAAUAUCGAAAAAUAACAUAUGUAUAAGAGAUUUCAAUGCCAAUUAUUGAAACAGCUAUUCUUAUUACACACACAAAGUGGCCUUCUAUCAGAAAAAUAGUUGCAAUGAAUAUAUAAUCAUAUCUGAUGAGACGAGCGUCAACUCUUUGACAAGUAUUUGCACAUGUUUUUAGUAAUCUUUCUUGUUUUGGGGAAAUAAUGAGACAUAUCUAAUCAUCAACCUACGACCAAAUAACAAUUAUUUUUAGAUUGAUAAACACAUUGAUGUAAUGUGAAAAAACAAAAAUUUUCGUUACCGUGUUAGGUCAAAAUCGCUCACGCCCGCUUGGUUAGUACCUAUAUCCGCUGUUGGAUGAUACACAGUGACUGAAUGACUUGUGCUUUUCCUGGUACUUUUUUGUAUUAAGUUUUGUGGCAUUUAGAUUUAAAAAAAAUUAUACAUUGUGAAAUAAUGAUUAUGAUUAUAAUACUCCAUUAUACAUUGUUAUAACGUCAGUUAAGGUUUUAGUUUUGCUUUUUUUAAUGCAACAAUCAAUGCAGUUUUUCCUUUUGUGAUAUUUGUCAUUGUAAAUAAAAUAUUAUUUAAUGCUGCC